GCAAACGGUAACACUUAGUAGUCGGUUCUCGUGUAGUCAUAUGUUUAUACAAAAAUUUGUUUGACUAUGCAGUUUCACUUUAAAAUUGCAGAUGCCGAAAGGGAUAAAGACAAUGCGGUGGCUGCUGCAUCCAGCAAUGCUGUCAAUCCGCACAGCACGCUCCAGCCACAGCAGCCGAUGCCUGCAUUGGUAGAACCCAAAGAUGCCCAACACGAGAUAAAGUUACAAAACAUUGUAGCCACAUUUUCGGUGGCCUGUGAACUGGACCUAAAGAGCAUCAAUUCCCGUACCCGGAACUCGGAAUAUUCACCCAAGCGUUUCCGUGGUGUCAUUAUGCGCAUGCAUUCCCCCCGUUGCACGGCAUUGAUAUUUCGUACGGGUAAAAUUAUUUGUACAGGAGCUCGCAACGAAAUAGAAGCCGACAUUGGAUCUCGAAAAUUCGCUCGCAUUUUGCAAAAACUUGGCUUUCCUGUGAAAUUUACGGAUUAUAAAUUGCAAAAUAUUGUUGCUACCGUAGACUUACGUUUUCCCAUACGUCUAGAGAAUCUGAAUCAAGUACACGGACAAUUUAGUUCUUACGAACCCGAGAUGUUUCCAGGUCUCAUCUAUCGUAUGGUCAAACCUCGGAUUGUCUUACUAAUCUUUGUAAAUGGCAAGGUUGUGUUCACGGGUGCCAAGUCCAGGAAAGAUAUCAUGGAUUGCCUAGAGGCCAUUUCACCUAUAUUACUAAGUUUUCGCAAGACGUAGAACAACAAAAGGGAAAUCCCCUUUAUUAUAUUUGUUAACUACUCUAGAGAUUAAAGAUAUUUUAUAGUAAGCAUUUACCGAACAAUUAAAAAAAAGAUAUGAUGUACAACGAAUUAAAAGUAAAGAUAAUGUACUUAUAAAAUUUA